GGGAGUGUGGAUCACAACAAACAGGCGGAAGAUGGCGGUGGCAGCGGGCGGUUCUGGUCGCUGCGGCUCGGUCUUCGGCUUUGCACUGGUCGCGAUAUUGGCUCUGUUUUUCAGUAAUGUGUCGCUGGCCUCCGACGCGUUCGAUGCUGUUUUGGGAGAUACAUCGUCGUGUCAGAAAUCCUGUGAGAUGACCUAUACGCUGCACACUUAUCCGAAGGAAGAGGAACUCUAUGCUUGUCAAAGAGGCUGCAGGCUCUUCUCGAUCUGUCAAUUUGUGGAUGAUGGCACUGAAUUAAACAGAACCAAGAAUGAAUGUGAAUCUGCCUGUGUUGAAGCAUAUAAACAGCAAGAUGAGCAAUAUGCUUGCAACUUGGGAUGUGAAAACCAACUGCCGUUUGCUGAACAGAGACAGAAACAGCUCAUGUCUAUGGUGCCCAAAAUCCACUUUGUUUACCCAAUCAGCAUAAUGACAACUUUCUGCAGUGACUUAAUGAAUUCUGCUCAGAGCUUUUUCACUUCGUGGACCUUCUACCUGCAAACUGAUGAUGGCAAAGUAGUUGUAUUUCAGUCUGAACCAGAUGUGCGAUUCAUGGUUCCACAACUUGAGCUGCAAACAGACAAUGUUCAAGAGACAUCUCAAGCACUCUCAGAUCACAUAUCCAAGGCUCUUUACGAUGACACUCGCAAAGCUUUCAGAAGGGAGCCUGGGAGUGGUUUGUAUUUGAAAGAGGGCCGUGAACAGGAAAAUCAGAGUGUCUUGGAAUGUUUGUCAAGGAAUGCAGGGAUUCCUCGUUGGAUCUUAACUACCACUCUGGUUCUUUCUGUGUUGGUGCUUCUGUGGAUCUGUUGUGCUACUGCUGCUACAGCUGUGGAGCAGCACAUUCCAUCAGAGAAACUGAGCAUAUAUGGAGACAUGGAGUUUAUGAAUGAAUUGAAGCUAACUUCAUAUCCAUCGUCAUCAUUGAUUGUUAUCAAAUCCAAGGAUGAAAAGGAAGUGGCUGGACCUUUGCCUACUAAAGUUAACCUAGACCAGUCAACAAUUUGAUCAAUCAGGAUUAAACUUGGAUUCCCCUUAUGUUCUGGAAUUUUAAAUGGUGGUCUUUGCCAAAUGUCUGCUUGAGGUGAAUUUUCAAACUUAAGAUAUCACAUUCCUAGAUAUAAAUAAUUCAACUUGAUCUUGGGUAUGGACUGUUUUAUGAAAGUUAUGAGCUAUAAAACAGUUGUUUGUUGCACAACAAUUUCUGAGAAUGUCCAAACUUAUUAGCAGCUGAACUUCUCAAUCACACUGGUGUACAGAUUAAGUGUCAUUGCUUGUAAUGUUUAAUAUGAUGCAUUUCCUAUUCAACUGUUGAAAUGGACAUUGAUUAAAACUUCAAUUAAAUUUGUAACUUAAUGUAUUGAUCUCCCUCUGCAUCAUGACUUUACAUGCUUUUUGGCAAGAGAUGCUCACAUAUGCAUUAUGUAAAUACUGAGUCACAAUCUUCAACAGUUUAACUUAACAGUAACUCAUUGAUAAAUCUGUAGCUCUUAUUUAGUGCAUUUAUUUUUUGCUGAGUUACUGUGAAAUUUUUACGUUAUUGUAAUCAAACUUAAGCUUUUGUAGUUUUUCAUCCAAAAGUACUAUCUUCAGCUCAGAAAUAAAUAUUGAUUUGUACACCC